AUGGAAUCUUUACGCAAGCUCGUUCGACGCGAAGAUGAUAUGGAAGAACUCAGCUCCACCACAGUUAAUCUGUUGAUAUCUUUGUUGGUGUUGAUCUUGUUGGCGAUCACCCUGACUGCCUCACUCCUCAUCCUGCGCCGCAAACGCCGUGCCGCCAAGAAGGCGAACCUACCUAUGUACAACGACCAUGCGGCCGGCUCUGGACAUCACCGUCGACUGACCAUCACGACCACGCCCUAUAACGGUAAUGAAUCGGUCUAUGUUAUUGACGAAAAGAGGAAUCUCGUCGAGAACUCGUCUAGCCCCCCUUCCAGCCCGGUUCCAGAGAUUCGUAUCACGUUCCCCGAAGAGGAAGAUACGCAUGGCAAACGCAAGCCAGGCAGCGUUGUCGUUGUUCGCAUUUCUGAGAAGGGAGGAAUUGGAUUGGAGCCUUAUUCGGAGUCUUUGCCGCCCUAUCAGGCAAAUACCGCUGAUAGGUUCCAGUCGCUUGAUCUCGAACGCAUAGGAGGAUUGAAGGACAAGGACGACAUGAAGCGCUAUUCCUAA